AUGUCCUCUCAGCCAAGUCCAACCCUCACGCAUUCCAACGGCUCGAAAACAUUCUUCGAGUCGUUUCACGUCGUCAACGCUUACUACAGGUUCCUCGGCUACAGUUUUCUAAGCAGAGAAAGACGCCCAGACGACGACCCAGGUCUCGAGAACGUCGUCUGCAAGCGUCGGAGUCAGUACGCCGUCUACGCCGUCGCCAGCUGGGUCGUGCUGAUCGCAGUCUUCGCCUACGACUCUUACGAAGUCCUCAAGAUGUUCAACGAUUCCGAGUCCAUCGAAAAGGCGGUCACGCUGGCUUACUCGACGCGGACGCUCAUCAUACAGGUCUUCAACUUCUGCGCCACGAUCGAGAGGGCUCCGAGGCUAGCCUGUCUGGCCAACAGCUUCGGCGACCUGGAACGUCGACUUCCGGUCCUGGCAUCGCUCAAGACGCCCGCGUUUCUGAUAGUCGGCCUCAACGUGGCGCUAGCCGUCCUCUUGUUCGUCUCCAUAGUGCCGCUUCUCUUUCUGUUCGCGGACUACACCCAGGACAUGCUGGCCUGGAACGAAUUCUACGGCGUUGUAUGCCUUUUCCACGGACAGGCGGCCUGCAUGAUAACCUAUACCUGGAUCAUGUUCUACAGCAAGACGCUCGCGUCUUACAUACAGGCCAUAAACGAUCAGCUACGGGAUAUGCAGGCUUCGCUUGAAGAAGAGGACGAGAUAGCCCCGAAAGUUCUGGGAGUUGAUGAGCUUCAUCGCCUGUUCUACGAGAUCAUGGAAGUAUUCUGGAAGUUCCAGAGCGCGUUCGGUUUGUCCCUGUUCAUCGUGGUUCCCCUGAACCUGCUCGUUGCGGCUCCGUGGACCUACUUCGUCAUCAAACAGCUCCAUCGACCCGAGGUCAGUCUCAUCAACGCUCUCGGAUGCGUCGCCCUUUGCGCCCAGAUGGUGAUUGUAUCACUCUGCGCUGUCCUGCCAAACAAACAGGCGAGGGAGACCUGGAUUGAGCUAACAAAGAUGCUUGUUUCCGUUGAACACAGUCGGGAUGCCAGAAAACGAAUUCAGGAGUUCCGCCACACUUGCAUUCACCAGGAAUUCAGAUUCUCGGCACUUGGCUUCUUCAAAGUCGGCCCGCCUUUAGUGGUGUCGAUAACAAGCGCUAUCAUCGCUUACACUGUAAUUCUCUAUCAGUCGGACACAACGAUAUGGAGUGCGGAUACCACCACCAGCAACUUCACGUUGUAA